AUGUGCAGCUCUUAUUGCGCACCUGAUCAAACACCAAGGGCUCCUGAAAGUUCCAGCAGCGACAUCAACAUGCAGGACUUGAACUCAAAGAUAGCUACUAGCGAGAGGUCCGUUGUCCUUCCACGAAAAAAAGGACACAGCUCCCACCUCCCCCGUCCUGUCUCCCUCGAUAUGGACUCCCUCUCCCGCCUCAUGGACCUCCGCCAGAGCGACGCCGCCGACAUCCUCGGCAUCUCCCUCACGGCCCUCAAGUGCGCAUGCCGCCGCAUCGGUCUCAAGCGAUGGCCGCGCAGCAAGCAGACCCGCAGCGACUACAGCGUGGACGCGCUGACCAAACUGCAAGCUCAAAGCCCAACCAACCUCUCCGUCCCAAGCCAUUCUCACAGCCGCUGGAUCUGCGAGGAGGAGCAAUGUGGGGUCAGUCCGAGCAGCAACAAGCUCGAGGGUGUGGAGGAGAGGUUUACGGGGUAUCAGGAUGAGCUUUUCGACGAGGCGAUCGAGCACGUGCAGGGGAGAUAUACAUAUUGCGGCAUUCUUUGA